AUGACAGAUAAACUCCCCCCCAACCUCCUCGCCCUCUUCCAACCCCGCCCGCCGGUAAAAUACCUCAUCCCCGCCGACCACGCCCCCGAAGACCGCCGCACCGCCCGCAUCACCGGCAUCGCCGCCUUUCUCCCACAACUCAACGAAGAUUUCGGCGAUUACAAACCCACCGAGUCAUGGCUUGAAGCCAAGGACCGUAAGCAAGUCGAGAAAAUAGCGAGGCAGAAACACAUCACUUCAAAAGAAGGCGUCAAGGCCAUCUACGACACGGAGAAAGAUGGCCAGAUCCGCGGUGAUCCGUACAAGACCCUUUUCGUCGGACGACUGAGCUAUGACACCGAUAUCAAGGAUCUGGAGAAGGAGUUUGGGCGAUAUGGACCGAUUGAUCGCGUGCGCGUGGUCGUCAACACACGUGAUCCGGUGAAGGGUUCUGGGAAGAAGAAUACGAAAGGACGAUCGAGAGGAUACGCGUUCAUCAUUUUUGAGAACGAGAAGGAUAUGAAGGCCGCAUACAAAGCAAACGAGACCCCCAUCAUUCGCGGCCGGAAAGUGCUCAUCGAUGCCGAACGUGGUCGUACAGUGCAAGACUGGCGCCCACGACGGUUGGGAGGUGGACUUGGAGGACGACACUACACACGCGCCCCCGUCAGAGGACCAGGAGGAUUCGGUGGUCCUCCUUCAGGUCCAGGCGGUUUCCGAGGCGGAGGCUUCCGAGGAGACUUCCGUGGAGGCUUUGGUGGUCGUGGUGGUGGGUUCCGAGACAGGGAUGGCGGGCGCAAUGGUUUUGGCGGCGGGGAUGGGUAUGGUGGUGGUCGUGGUGGUGGGUUCGGAGGUGGUGGCUUCCGAGGCGGACGCGGUGGAUUCGGGGGCGGGCGCGGUGGGAUUGGCUAUGGAGGAAGUGAAGGUCCGGAUGGUGCACCUGCAGGGCCGAGAUCAAGAGGUGGGUUUGGUGAUGGAGGUGGGUAUGGAGGUGGACGUGGUGGAGGUGGAGGACGUUUCAAUGAUCGCGAUUCUCGCAAUGCCAACCUCGAGCCUCUGCCGCCGAGGGGUGGUGGUGGCGGGUAUCGUGAUCGGGAUGGCGCGUCCGGAGGUGGUUCCGGAGGUGGGUAUGCCGGGCAGAAGCGUCCAUACGAUGGCGGUGGAUACAUGCUCUCACAACAGCAGAUUUCGACAAAAGCAUAUCGACCUUGGAACAGAAUAGAUGGAGCGGUCAACGGUGAGUCGGACUACCUCCUCAGGGUAAGCACCGGCUCGCACUACGACACGUCGACAACGAGAGCCGCGAUCGAUUAG